AUGGCCAAAGACCUGGCUGAGAAGUCGGGACCUACUAAUCCCGGCUAUACAGUUAAACAAAUAUGCUGACACAAAACUGCUGACCACGGCGUUAGUAAUGUAUAUACCAAACGGGGACAUAAGGUCGAUGCUGGUACAUAUCACAUGUACCUUGUAUACCCCACAACAUUUAUCUCUGUAUCCUAUGUACUAGGUAAAGUAAACCUUAAGACAGUUUGAGAGAGAAAGUUGCCUCAGAUGAUAUAAAAGUAUCUCUUGCGGUUUUACCUAUACUAAUAUAUUUAAAUACUUUAAACCUGUUUACCAUAUGUUACAUCGAACCAGGAUUUUCAAUUUGUAACCAGACAGAUGAUCUCAACUGGAUAACUACAAUUUGUAUAUGUUAGCAUUUAAACAAUGUAUGUUUAUAAUUGAACAAUGUCUUUGUCAAGCUAUCCAAAAAUGUUAAAAACAAUAAACAGAAAAAAAAAAAAAAAAAAAAAAAAAAAAAAGAAAUUUCCUUAAGAUUUCAAAGGUUCCGUGAAUGAACUCAGACCAUCAGGCAGAAAAACAGUGUUGUGAGUGCUCCAUACCGACCUAGCACAGAGCGACAAUUUACAUUGCGAAAACUAGAUAAAACUCGUUCCACAUCUCCUACCAACUUAACUGGGAACACAAUCACCCCAAACAGACAGCCUAAAUUCACUGACCGGCCCUGUGCCAGCCUGAGCACCAAGAGGCACAGGCCACAGCAUGGUCAAGAUGGAGGCUGUGAGCCCACAUCCAAUACAGCGUGGGAAUCAGAGCUGCUGGGCAACUUCUCUGACAGCACACUGACCUCCACGUCCAUGAUAAGAGCAGAGUCUGCGCUCUACUGCAGACAGAUUUUAAGAUCACGAAGACAGAUCUCCAUAAAGAAAUCAAGGAUGGGGGGCACAGGAUAG